AUGUGGGGGCGCGCGGCUCGGCGGCGCUGCCCGCGGGGGCUGCGGCGGGGCCGGGAGGCGCUGCUGGCGCUGCUGGCGCUGCUGGCGCUGGCCGGGCUGAGCUCGGUCCUGCGGGCGCGGCGCGGAGCCGGGACGGCGGCCGCCGAGCCGGGACCGCCGAGCCUCCCAAGCUCCCCGCGCCCGGGACGGCGGGAACCGGUCCUGCCCCGGCCGCCGGUGCCCGCGGACGCGCUGGGCGCGCGGGGCGAGGCGGUGCGGCUGCAGCUGCAGGGCGAGGAGCGGCGGCUGCAGGAGGAGAGCGUGCGCCGGCACCAGAUCAACAUCUACCUCAGCGACCGCAUCUCGCUGCACCGCCGCCUGCCCGAGCGCUGGAACCCGCUGUGCAAAGAGGUGAAAUACGAUUAUGACCAUCUGCCCAAGACAUCUGUCAUCAUUGCGUUUUACAACGAAGCCUGGUCAACUCUCCUUCGGACGGUGUACAGCGUGCUCGAGACUUCCCCAGACGUCCUGCUGGAGGAAGUGAUCCUGGUGGAUGACUACAGCGAUAGAGAGCACCUGAAGGAGCGCUUGGCCAAUGAGCUGUCAGGCCUGCCCAAGGUGCGCCUGAUCCGUGCCACCAAGAGGGAGGGGCUGGUGCGUGCCCGGCUGCUGGGCGCCUCUGCUGCCAAGGGCGACGUGCUGACCUUCCUUGACUGUCACUGUGAGUGCCACGAAGGGUGGCUGGAGCCGCUGCUGCACAGGAUCCAUGAAAAGGAGUCAGCAGUGGUGUGCCCCGUGAUUGAUGUGAUCGACUGGAACACUUUCGAGUACCUGGGGAAUCCCGGGGAGCCCCAGAUUGGGGGGUUCGACUGGAGGCUGGUGUUCACGUGGCAUGUGGUUCCCGAGAGGGAGAGGCUGCGCAUGCGCUCCCCCAUCGACGUCAUCAGGUCUCCAACAAUGGCUGGUGGGCUGUUUGCUGUGAGUAAGAAAUAUUUUGAGUAUCUGGGGUCUUAUGAUACAGGAAUGGAAGUUUGGGGAGGAGAAAACCUCGAAUUCUCCUUUAGGAUCUGGCAGUGUGGGGGCACUCUGGAGACGCACCCGUGUUCGCACGUCGGCCAUGUUUUCCCCAAGCAAGCCCCCUAUUCCCGCAACAAGGCCCUGGCCAACAGUGUCCGGGCGGCUGAAGUGUGGAUGGACGAGUUCAAGGAGCUGUACUACCAUCGCAACCCACGUGCCCGCUUGGAACCCUUUGGGGACGUGACGGAGAGGCGGCAGCUCCGGGCCAAGCUCCAGUGUAAGGACUUCAAGUGGUUCUUGGAGACCGUGUACCCAGAGCUGCACGUCCCUGAAGACAGGCCCGGCUUCUUCGGGAUGCUCCAGAACAAAGGCCUGAAGAACUUCUGCUUCGACUACAACCCUCCUGACGAGAACCAGAUCACAGGGCACCAGGUCACCCUGUACACCUGCCAUGGGAUGGGCCAGAACCAGUUUUUUGAGUACACGUCCCAGAAGGAAAUCCGCUACAACACUCACCAGCCGGAGGGCUGCGUGGCGGUGGAAGCAGACAAGGACGUUCUGGUCGUGCAUCCGUGCCAAGACACCACCCCGGAGAACCAGAAGUUCAUCUUGCAGGAGGACGGCUUGAUACUUCACCAGCAGUCCAAGAAAUGUGUCCAGGCUGAGAAGAAGGCCAGCGACAGUUUUGUGCCACUCUUGCGAGACUGCACCGGCUCAGAUCGUCAGAAAUGGUUCUUCAAGGAGCGCAUGCCUUGAAGGCUUCUCCAAGGACAUCGCUGGGCCCAGGACGGCGGGCCCAAGGUCUGUGUGCCCAGCAGAGUUUAGCCAUGGGCGGUAGCCAGAGCCCACCCAAACUCAACUGCUCUACCGCUUUAAGGACAUCAUUUUGGUAUUUGUGAGCGUUGUUGGGUUUAGGAAAAAUGUGAAUAAGCUUUGUGCUGAUUUUGAGAACUUUUGAAAUGUUGAAAUGUUUUGAAAUGUUGCCAAAUACCCCGUUUUCCAAGGACAGCCCUCACGGGUGAGCUCCUGGUAUUCAGAGAAUUAAAACUUUAUCUUAUUUUUCUAUUGCCA